AUGUCCUAUCCUCAGGGUUACCUCUACCAGCCCCCGGGCUCUUUGGCUCUUUAUUCGUGUCCGGCUUACGGGGCCUCGGCUCUGGCUGCCCCGCGGAAUGAAGACUUGGCGAGGUCGUCCUCUGGCUCAGCCUUCAGCCCUUACCCUGGAUCGGCUGCUUUCUCCGCCUCGGCUGGUGCAGGCUUCUCCAGUCCACUGUCAUACUCCACGGAUCCAACCACGGGAUUCCCAUCUUACAUGAGCUCUCCAUAUGACGCGCACACGACGGGCAUGGCCGGGGCAUUAAGUUACCACCCAUAUGGGAGUCCAGGGUACCCCUACCAACUCAACGACCCUGCGUACCGUAAAAACGCCACCAGGGACGCCACGGCCACCCUGAAGGCCUGGCUGCAGGAGCACAGGAAGAACCCCUACCCGACGAAAGGGGAGAAGAUCAUGCUGGCCAUUAUCACCAAGAUGACCCUGACGCAGGUAUCCACAUGGUUCGCCAACGCCAGGAGGAGGCUCAAGAAGGAGAACAAGAUGACAUGGGCGCCCAGGAAUAAGAGCGAAGACGAGGACGAGGAUGACGGGGACGGGGAGAGGAAAGAGGUGGAGCGCUCUGACAAAACCCUGGAUAACAGCGAGGCUUCAGCGGAGGAUGAAGGUAUCAGCUUGCACGUGGACACUCUGACGGACCACUCGUGCUCGGCGGAGUCUGACGGGGAGAAGGUGAGCUGUCGCGUGGGAGAGCUGGGCUCUGACCAGGGCGGCGACAAAUGCGACGACGAGGACGGCGAGGACCAGAACCAGACCCUGAACCACAAUCCGCCGCGGUUCCAGCUCUCACCCAAACCCGUCACAUCUUCACCUCUAACGGGGGUCGAAGCACCGGUUCUCAGUCAUCACCAACACCAUCACCACCACCACCUCCAUCAUCUCCACCAUAUUCACAACCAGCGCGAGGAUUUGGCCCGGAGCCUCGUCAGUAGCAACAAUAUUAACACCAAUAAAUCGUCUUCAUGCCUUGAUAGCAGACCUCCUUCGGGGGCGCCUCCAAACCCUACAGUCAAGCCCAAAUUGUGGUCGCUUGCGGAGAUUGCUACCUCAGACCAAAAGCAGCAGCAUCAGCAACAGCAACUGGGGCAGACUGGGCAACCAAAUUGCCCCUCCUCCAGCGGUGGCCUCCUUACUCCCCCCACGUCCUCAACCACCUCCCCGGCUGCCAGUUCCCCCUCCCUCUACCCGACCCCCUCCAUCCUUGGAAGACCUAUUUAUUACACUUCUCCCUUUUAUAGCAAUUACACAAACUAUGGCAACUUCAGUCCCCUGCAGGGCCAAGGGAUCCUGCGGUACACUAAUUCAUCUGGAGUGAGUCUGGCUGCAGCCGCCGCCGCCGCCGUCGCUGCUGCAAACGAGGGUCUCAGCUCUCUGGAGGCGAGCACAAACCCCAAACACAGGCCAGACUCUCCCCUCGUUAAACAUAACCCAAACCAGAUUGUUAUUGUCGAGCAGCAGCAACAACAGCAUUUCAGAUCCGCAAAUUUAGAGGGAAAGAAAGGUACGUAA